AUGUCAGUUACUAAUGAGAGCAGUAGUGAGAUUUUGUUUGUGCAACAAAUAUUUCAAGUUGCGAUGGCUGAGGGACCGAUAAUGAAAAUAGUUUUUUCAACCUUACUGGCAAUAUUCUUUAUCUAUCUAAAUGCUGUCAUGGUCUACACUCUUUGGAGCAAGGCUGUUUUUAAAGAGACUCCACGCUACAUUCUGUUUACCCACAUGCUUCUCAAUGAUUCGAUUCAACUUCUCUUUACUUCCAUGUUGUUCAUCUUCAGUCUAGUUUUACUAAAGUUAAUCAGGGUUGCUUGUGCUAUUAUAAUUUUUGUUUCUGUUACAACUUUCCUUAAUGCACCUUUAAACCUGGCUGUGAUGUCACUUGAGCUUUAUGUGGCCAUCUGCUUCCCUCUAAGGCAUGCUGAGAUCGUCACUCAUAAAAGAACUUGUAUUGCUAUUGGAGUUGUUUGGUUUAUUGGUUCCAUAAACUUUAUAAUUGAUUUGUUUUAUGUCGCAGUGAUGGAUUCUAAGUUUUUCACAUCACAAAUAUUGUGUGACAGAAAAAGGCUCUUCAUUAAGGAGUGGCAAGGAAAUGUUUUACAGGGCUUUAGCAUAUUUUACUUUGUGUCAGUAUCUGUGAUUAUCCUUUUCACUUAUAUGAGCAUUGUGAUCACAGCCAGGUCCAUUUCCUCCAAUAAAGACUCUGCUGAAAAAGCCCACAAGACUGUGCUGCUGCACCUCAUUCAGUUGGGCCUGUGUCUUUCCUCUUUUCUCUACAACUUCAUAGAGCGUGCUGCAGCAGAAGUUGGCAAUAGUGCCCUCUUUUCGGACUUGCGCUUUCUAAAUUAUUUGUUUGUUCUGAUCUUGCCACGCUGCCUCAGCCCACUCAUCUAUGGUCUGAGAGAUGAUGCUGUACGGCCUUUAUUCAUCUACUAUUUCUGCUUUGUCACUGGCAAACGAAGGUCUACUGUCAAUGUACACUGA